AUGGUCCCCGAGGGACCGGGGGAAUUCAGCUCUUCGACUACUGCAAUUACGGUCGCCACUGACGGCAGCGGUCAGUUCACGGCGAUUGGCGAUGCCAUCACCUACGCUCAGAGCAAUGCAAUCCCUACCGUGACUGUCCUUGCCGGCACCUACACCCAGGCAGUUACUGUCUCGGCUACUCCCACUGUUACUGUUAUCGGUCAAAGCAACAGUUCAAGUGACUACUCCCAGAACGAGGUUGUUAUCACGAACGCGGGUAUCAUGCCCGAGGGAACUCUUUUGACUGUCAACAACAAUGUUCAGCAAGUCAGCUUCAAGAACAUCAACUUCGUCAACACCGCUGCUGCCUACGGCACCAUGAUCCUGAAAGGAAACAAAUAUGCCUUCUACGAUUGCCAAAUCAUUUCUCAAGGAACUUUGGGCAUCACUGCCAGUGUUGGUCUGGGUGUCAUCGCGAACUCCUACGUCGAGGCGCUUGACAAGAUCUUCUAUGGUGCAGCGAAUCUGUACAUCUAUAACACUGACCUGGUGCCUGUUGACAGUUCCAAUCUUGUAUCUUACAUGAAGGGUACCCUGUCUGGCACGACUUUGCUUGCCAACUCGACCACUGUCUUCGAUCAUGUCACAGUCUCUGCGAAGUCUGGAUCAUCCACUCAGAAUGUGUAUCUCUUUACAGCCAACAAUGCGGGGGUGAACGUUCUCUUCCGAAAUUCGGCUUUGAGCAGCGUGGUUGCCUCUACAGGUGCUCACGUCGACUCUGUCAGUCAAGAUGGCUAUACUCUGUUCAUGGAAUAUGCUAACACUGGUGCCGGAGCUUAUGGGAGCAAUGUUGCUUCUCGGUCCAAGUAUGUCUCUCUUCUGGACUCAUCGGAUGUCGCCGACUACAGUAUCAGCGCUAUUUUUGGAGAUGCCUACUCUACCUACGCUUCCUCCGACGUAAGCUGGGUUGAUGAAUCCGUCUUGGCUGCCAUUGAGGGCGCUGAUGUUAUCACAACAUCUUCAUCGACCUCCUCUGCUGCUACUGCCACUGUCACUGCAUCCAUUGUCUCGACCAAUACCUCUGCAGCCUCAACCACAGUGGCAUCUACCAUUGCUUCCACCUCUGCCGCUGCCACUGCAACCUCCACCUAUGUCGUUGACGCCACCAACGGACCUUACAAAAAUGUCACCGCUGCCAUCGCUGCUCUCCCUAGCGACGGCAACGAAUAUACUAUCUAUGUCAAGGCGGGCACCUAUAACGAGCAGAUUUCAAUCACUCGCAAAGGUCUGACCGUUGUACGUGGUGAAACCACCUUUGAGAAUGAUUAUACCCAAAACACUGUGAUCAUUCAAUACGAUGACGGAGAGCUCACUAGUGUCAAUGAGGAUGAAAGCACCAUGGUCGUCAAUGCAAAGAACACCGAUGGUAAGGGACUGGCUAUCUACAACAUCGACUUCCGCAACACCCAUGCUCAGGUAUCCAACACUGCUGCUCUUGCUGCUGACUUCUAUGGUAACGUGCAAGCUUAUGGUUGUUCCUUUGUUGGAUUCCAAGAUACCCUUCUUGCAAACAAGGGUAUUCAGGUCUUCUCAAACUGCUACAUCGAAGGUUCCAUCGACUUCAUUUGGGGUUUCUCGACUGCGUACUUUUACCAGUCCGUCAUUGCGACCAACACCGCUGGUGCAUGUGUUGCUGCUAUGAGUCGUUCUUCGUCUACCGCGACUGAAGGUUAUGUCUUUGAUAACUGUCUCGUCACUUACACCUCUACCUAUGGUAGCACCUUCCAGGACACCUGGCUCGGCAGACCCUACUCUGCGUACAGUAUUGUUGUCUACAUGAACUCUUACAUCGACAAGCACAUCAACCCUGCUGGUUGGCAUAUCUGGUCCACGAGCGCUCCUCAAACCGAUCAUGUCACUUUCGGAGAAUACAACAACACUGGUCCUAGUGCUUGGUCAAGCGGCCGUGCGUCCUUUGCCACCAAUCUGACCGAGACCGAGGCUAAGGCCUACACUUUGUCUAACUGGAUCGGAGACACCACCUGGCUUGACAUGGAUUCCUACGCUCUUGCCCCUUCCUAUGAUCUGACUGGCGGAGCUAGCGCCAAAACAACCUCGACCAGCUCGGCCACUACCCCGACCGCUACUUCUACCUCCACUGCAGUUGCUACUUGGACUCAUCCGUCCAGCGGUGCCAACCCUCCUACUGGUGCAGUCCUUGUCAGCCCUUCUGGAACCAUCGAUGGAUCUUACAGCAACCUUACCGAUGCUCUGUUCUGCCUGCCCGAUGACACAACCACUCAGGUCAUCUUCAUGUACGCUGGUACUUAUACCGAGCAGGUUCCUAGCAUCAACAGGGAUGGCCCAGUCAUAAUCAUUGGUUACACUACUGGAAAUCCCGGCCAGAGCUAUGCCGAUAACGAGGUUACUGUCACAUUCUCUCGCGGCCUCUCUGUCUCCCCUUUGCCGAUCGGUCACUCAGAUGCCGAGACUGCCACCAUUGCUACCGCAUCUACUAAUAUUGCUUUCUACAACAUCAACAUCAUCAACUCAGCCAAUCUUGAUGGAUCUGAGUCAUCUUACGUGACUCUAGCGGCUUCCAUCUACGGCAACCACAUUGCUUUCUAUGCUUGUUACUUCCAGGGCUGGCAAGAUACCCUCCUGACCGGAGCCACUGCUGGAUACCAAUAUUACGAGUCGUCAUAUAUUGAGGGUGCCAUUGAUUUCAUUUGGGGAUACUCCAAGGCUUACUUCAAGGGCUGUACCAUCGGAGCCAAGCGCGCGAAGUCUGCUAUGACUGCCCAGAGCCGUGCUUCUGCUAGUGCCAUUGGUGGUUACAUCUUUGAUCAGACUUUGUUCACUGCUGCUGCCGAUGCUACUGUCGAUCUUACUGAGACCGUCUACCUUGGCCGUCCUUACUCCGAGUACGCGCUUGUUGUUAUCAAGAACUCCUUCCUUACCAAUGUCAUAAACCCCUCGGGAUGGAAGGUCUGGUCGACCUCUGAUGCGCGUACUGACUACGUUACCUUUGCUGAGUACAACAACUCUGGCCCUGGUAACUGGGAAAAUAACGAGGCUGCCCGUGACGCUUUCGGUUACUGUACUCUCCUGACCGAAGACACUUACUCGCUUGCGACCGUCAUGGACUCGACUGACUGGAUUGAUAUGACCUACUGGGACACCAUCGAUACCCCGACUGCAGUUUCUGGAGUUUCCACCACCACUACUGCUACUGCGACCGCCACUGCCACAGCCACUGCUACUUAUGAUGGAACUACUCCUCCCUCGGGUGCCUACAUUGUAUCCAAGACCGGCCUCAGGAACAGCACCACUUACUAUGACACCAUUCAGAGUGCACUUGACGCUAUCCCCACUUCCUCCAGCGUUACUCCCACCAUCUUUAUCUAUCCCGGUACGUACGAGGAGCAGCUUGUUAUCAACAAGAAAGGCUCUGUUAUCUUCAUGGGCUAUUCCGAUUCCACCUUCGACUACUCCAGUAAUCAAGUCACUAUUCAGUACAACCAUGGUAUUGACACUGGUGCCGAUGAGUCGAACUCUGAUGGAGCUACCCUGUAUACCACCGGUAACUACUUCACUGCAAUGAACAUCAACUUUGUCAACAACAACGGUACUCAGCAAGACAUUGCUACUCUGGGCUUCGCUGUCAAGUCGAGCAAGUACGCCAGUCUUUAUGGCUGCCAGGUCACCGGUAACCAGGAUGCUCUCCUGAUCAACGGCUAUCUGUUCAUGAGCAACGGUUAUGUUGAGGGUAACAUUGACAUGAUCUGGGGAAGUGGCUCCGCUUACUUCCUCAACACCACCAUCUCACCCAACGAGGAUGGCAUCAAUCUUACCGCCGAUAAGCGCACCACUUCCGCCACCGCUGGUGGCUUCGUCUUCGAUCAAUGCACUAUUACUCCGUCCACUGGUGCUAGGACUAUGUCCAAGAUUUCCCUCGGCAGACCUUGGAACCAGUACGCUCGUGUCGCAUACAUCGACUCUUACUUCGACUCUUGUAUUGAGGCCGCUGGAUGGAACCAGUGGUCUACCUCUAGCCCCCAGACUGACGGAGUUACUUUUGCCGAGUAUGGCAACGUUGGUCCUGGAUCAAGCACUACGUCGCGGGCCUCGUUUGCUACCCAGCUUAACAACACUGGUGCUGUUCAAUUUGAGCUUGCGAACUUCUUCGCUACCACUUCUUGGAUCGAUUUGACUCAUGUUGCUGGUACUCCCUUCGUCCCGGACACGAGCACCACUACCACCGCUAUCUCAAUCGCUCCUUCCACCAGUGCUGCUUCGACUUCGAUUUCGACUUCGUCCACGAUUAUCGUUCCUGUUACUGUGACCACAACUGUCGAUGUCCUCUCUACUUCUACUGAAGCUGUCUAUGAUACCGAGACUCCAACCGAUAAGACCUUGGCCGUCAAAUCCACUGUGACUUUAACCAUCACUCCUGAUGUUGUCUCCAAGACCACUACGGUCAAGUCGAUUAUCACCACCACUGAGACAAUCACUGAGCCUACAACAACUUCCACUAAGACCUCUUUUGUGACUAUUGAUGUCGGUAGUACCAUUACCCCGGAUCCCAAGACUGUCACCUCGACUGACAAGGCCACUACCACCGCCACGGUCUCUGUUUCUGGCAAGGAUAGCACUAGCACAGUGGAGAACACUCUGACCGAGAUCUCUACCAUCACGGCUGCCGCCUCAACCGUGACUAGCACUGAUAUGGUGACAACUACUAGUCUUAAGAUUACUAGUGGAAAUGCUGGAAAGACUACCGUGACCGACACCGUGACGGUUGGAAACGGAGGAACCACCACCAUCUCCACUAAGGCCACCACUGUGACCACUUAUUCCACGUCCACCGGGACUGUGACCAAGUCUGUGACAACAACCGUCGCUUGUGACACAGCGGCCAAGACCAAGCGUUCUUAUUAUGAUCUCCUCCCUCGGGCUAACGCUGCCACCGUCACCGUCACUGCCUACACCACCGACAUCUAUUACGUGACCAAGACCUCGACUACCACUAUCCCCGUCGCGACCGACUAUAUCACUGAUGUGACCACCAAGACAACCUCAAUCAAGGCCUCUACUGUCACCGACACAAUCACCUCCCUGGCGACUAAGGUCUCCUCGACCACCAUCCCGGCUGUCACCUCGAUCGUGACUGUCAUUGAUACCACCUCAGUUGGCAAGACCACUACCCUCAAGGUGUCCACCGUCACCGAAAUUAUGACCUCCGUGGUCGAAAAGACUUCCACCGUCACGCUCCCCGGUUCAACUUUCACCACCACUAGCGUCAAGACAACCACGGUUAAGAGCACCACCAAGCUUCCCGCCGCCACUACCACCAUGACCAAGACUAAAACAAUCAAGAGCACUACCACUCUGCCCGCCACCACUAGCACUGUGACCAAGAUCUCGACUGUAAGCAACAGUCCCUCGGUCACUCUCACUGAUCGUACGACUUUCACUACCACCAAGGUCGUUAAAACCACGUCAACCAGCACUGUGACUGUGACUAAGACUGCUAAAUGCUCUUGA